AUGUACCGUGAAUCACAAAUUACGGCAUCAUCCCUCUCCCUCCCGCGCUCAUGUACGGCGCGUCUAACCGGGCUCUAUGACGCACGCGAGACCCGUGUUCCUUCGCGCGGUCUCGGUCGAGCGGCGGGACGACACUCUCUGCCAACUUCCUCUCCUCCUGUCUUCGUCCGCGCCGCGUUACCUAGCUCUGAAUUCGUGCUCCAUCGCGCACCUGGCGGCUUUUCCAGCACCAUCUCGCCACCUUCGUUCUCACCGCCUUUAAAUUCUUCCCGAGUCCGCGAAGCCAGCGACAUGACCACUCCAGUGCGCCACAGCAUCACCCAAUUAAGCAACUCGGUUAUGGGCACGCUGAAAACAUGCAAAACCGCCACUUUCAUCGCUGUAUCCCUCACUGCGUCUUCAGUCCUCUCGGGGGCAACAGUGGCUGGCCCACUGUGGAAGAUCCUCAGGAAGGCGUUUCCGACGCACGAUCUGGACCGACUGCACGAUGCGAAAGCGGACAUGGAGUUGCUUGAAGAACUGGAUCAGCUUCUUCUGGACCCCGAAUCCGACCCCCUCGCCGUACUCAGUUCCGAAUUGGAAGAAUUCCUUUCCAUCGACGGUGACUGGUACGCAGAGCUGGAAAUGGCCUUCGAGAGGGCCAUUCAAGCUGCUCAUCAGCCACGAGAAGGGGACUCUGGCCCAUCUGAGCUCCGAGUCGUCCGUCAGUUGUAG